AUGCCAGACCCGUCCAAAUCGGCUCCUGCGCCCAAGAAGGGUUCUAAAAAGGCUGUCACCAAGGCACAGAAGAAGGACGGCAAGAAGCGCAAGCGCGGCCGCAAGGAGAGCUAUUCUAUCUACGUGUACAAGGUGCUGAAGCAGGUGCACCCCGACACCGGCAUCUCGUCCAAGGCCAUGGGCAUCAUGAACUCCUUCGUCAAUGACAUCUUCGAGCGCAUCGCCAGCGAGGCCUCCCGCCUGGCGCACUACAACAAGCGCUCCACCAUCACGUCCCGCGAAGUGCAGACGGCCGUGCGCCUGCUGCUGCCUGGCGAGCUGGCCAAGCACGCCGUGUCCGAGGGCACCAAGGCUGUCACCAAGUACACCAGCUCCAAGUGAGGCGUUCCCCGGCGUCCUGAACCCAAAGGCUCUUUUCAGAGCCACCCACACGAUCGAGAAAGGGUUUCGAACACGGUGUGAAGGGUUAUGUAACCUAAUAUGUCUCCAUGCACCCUAGCGGUUGCCGGGUGCGGCCGAAUCUGAGCCGUGUGUGUGUGUGUGUGUGUGUGUGUGUGUGUGUGUGUGUGCGCGUGCGCGCGCCGGCACAGAACGAGAAAAACUGCUCGUUACAGAAAUCGGGGUAGAAACUGCUCAGGUGAUGUAGCUCAGUAAUGUUGGGAGGCGAUCAAGGACCCCCUCUCCAUCCCCUCCCUCCGCGCAGAGCUAUUUACUCACGACGAGAUUUCUUUUUUUUUUUCUUUCUUUUUUUUUUUUUUUUUUCUAGAAGGAGUCUCGCUCUGUCUCUAGGCUGGCGUGCAGUGGCGCAAUCUGGGCUCACUGCAACCUCCGCCUCCUGGGUUCAAGCGAUUCUCGUGCCUCAGCCUUACGAGUAGCUGGGAUUACAGGCACGCCCCACCACGCCCGGCUAAUUUUUUGUAUUUUUAGUAGAGACGGGGUUUCACCAUGUUGGCCAGGAUAGUCUCGAUCUCCUGACCUGGUGAUCCAUCCGCCUCUGCCUCCCAAAGUGCUGGGAUUACAGGCGUGAACCACCGCACCCGGCCCCAAAUGCCUUUUAUAAGCAAGUGGUGCAUUCCUGGAUGUUGAGCGCUUGCGCCCGGUUCAGGACCGGGUCCAAAUGAGGUUGGCGUGCGCCGUGCGGGUCACCUCCCCCAAAAAGACCCUGUGCCAACCUCCCCAACCCUACCCGCCCCCCAUGGGCGAGGCCAGACGUGGCGCAAGACCACGGGCUCUGAGGCCAUGGGUGUUGUCACUUUCCCCUGGCGGUGGUGCCUGGCUCUGCAUUUGCUUAAGACUUUUCCAUCCCUGCCUGGACCAGACAGACAUGUUUAGAUUU